GUGAAGCUUAUUGUUUCUUAUACGAUCGUCACGAUGGGCAAGUCUAAUCUGGAGCUGAUUUGUGAAUGCGACAACUUCCCUUACUAUACGGAUAACCGUGUUGCGUACACGGAGAAUCUAAAGAACUAUCAUGAGUUCCGAGUCAAUGGGUACGAUGCUAUUCUGGGUUACAUCUUGAACUCGGUGGUUGAGAAGUUUCCUUGGUCAUCGGAGUACUGGGUGGUUGACUCUGCCGCAAAGACCGUAACUUUGGCUACGCCAGCAGACGCAACUCCGGAGUACCGCAGUAAAUUGGUCGGAGACAGCAUUCUCGAGGCCGUAAAGCUCGGUGCGUUUGAAGUACUGAAGGGAUGGCGGAACGAGAAAUACCCCGUCUACGGACCAGGUGGUGAGUUUCUCCUCGACAUGGAGCGCUGUGCCUCUCCGCUCUUCGGCAUCGUGAGCUACGGUGCUCACAUGACCGGCUACGUGGAUGAUGCCGAUGGCCUCAAGUUGUGGGUUCCCCGACGAGCGAAGAACAAGCAAACAUACCCUAGCAUGUUGGACAACACAGUUGCUGGCGGUAUGUGCACCAACGAGAAGCCGUUUGAGUGUAUUGUUCGUGAAGCCAUGGAGGAAGCCUCCCUCCCUGAGGACGUAGUGCGUGCGUCUAUCAUCCCAGUGGGCUGUGUGACUUACAGCCACAUCCGGGAUGCGCGAGCUGGUGGCGAGACUGGCCUCAGUCAGCCGGAAGUCGAGUAUGUUUAUGAUCUGAAGCUCGAUGCGUCGGUUAUUCCGCGGCCGGGGGACAACGAAGUGGAAGAGUUCAAGCUUUGGACGGUGCAAGAGGUGAAAGAUGCGUUGGCACGGGGCGAAUUCAAGCCGAACUGUGCUGUCGUCAUGAUUGAUUUCUUUAUUCGACGUGGUAUUCUCACCGCUGAGAAUGAGCCGGAUUACCUGGAUAUAUUGUCUCGCCUUCACCGUCGCUUGGAGUACCCGACGGCCUCUCAUUGCUAG